UAAAGUUGAAAUAAAAAUGAAGAGUAGCAUUCUUUUUGAUCGCCGAGUAAUAGUCCAUUGUGUAUAUACACAUCUUCUUUAUCCAUUCAUCAGUCAUGGACAUUUGGACUCUUUCCAUAAUUUGGCUAAAUGCUGCUAUAAACAUUUAAAAGAAUGAAAUCUUGCCAUUUGCAAGAAUGUGGUUGGAAGUAGAAUGUAUUAUGUUAAGGGAAAUAAGUCAGUCAGAGAAAGACAAACGUGUGGUUUCGCUCACAUGUGGAAUUUAAAAAACCAAACAGAUGAACAUGGGGAAGGGAAGGAAAAAUAAGAUAAAAACAGAGAGGGAGGCAAACCGUAAAAGACUCUUAGAUACAGAGAACAAACAGAGGACUGCUGGAGGAGCCAGCUAAAUGGGUAAUGGGUGUUAAGGAGGGCACGUGGGAUGAGUACUGGGUGUAAUAUGUAAGUGAUGAAUAACUAAAUUCUACUCCUGAAACCACUAAAAAUAAUAAUAAAGAAAUGAAGAAUAACAGAUUAUUUUGACAGUUUUCCAAGAACUGGCACAAAAUAUAUUACCUGCUCAAUGAAAGUACAAAAAAAGCAGGUCAUUCAUUUAUAUCAAUAUUUUACUCAGAGACUCUUACAAUGAAUGAAUUUAGCUCCCAGAAUAAAAUGAAAAUCAUCUAUGCAGGAAUGCACCCAGCAAUAUUUAUUAAGCACUAAUAUAUGCAAGUCACUGUAUUAGGUACUAAGAUGCAGCUAUAUAUUUUCUCAAGGAUGGAAUUUGAAGAUAUUGAAAAUAUUUAUUUCUCAUGCAUAUAGGGACCAAGAAAAAGUUUUCCAAAUAAAUUUUAAUAUGUAAUAAGCCACGUCCUCCUAUACUUGCUUCUUUUUUAUAAUUUUCUUGGCUAAUCUGCCAUUUAGUCUUCCAAAUGAACUUUAAAAAAACAUUUAAUUCUUCACUCUCAUUCUUCUAAACACACACAGACACACACAUUUUGGGAUUCAAAGUGUACUCACAAAAUUUUUAUGGUUAACUUUAAGAUGCUAGAUUUUUUUCAUAUUCUUGAAAUAUUUCCUUCAGUGAUUCAACGAUUUCAUUUGCUUAGGUCUAUAUUUAUGCCAAUCAAUGUUCUGUUUCAAAAACAUAUAUUUCUAUUUGUUGAGAUCCAACAUUUAGUUUACAAUCUGCUUUGAGAAUCUUACUGAAUUCCUCCACCCCACAAUAGUGUAACAUCUUUAUUUUACACUUCUUUAUGAAAACAGAAGCAUCCCUACUCCUUUCUUGCACUUCAAUACUUUAACUUGGAUUACAGAAGCUAUAAACAAAUCUCUUUCAAAAUUUUUUUUGUGAUUUCAUUUUGUGGCCAAGGGAAAGUUUAUUGUUUAGGUAUAUCUGGUUUCAGAGCUCAACAUCAGUUUUUUCCAGUCACAACUUCUGCAUUUUUGAGUUCUUAACUUUGAUUAAUGUUUGGGUGAUGUGUUCUUUGAGUGGUUUGAGUAGUUUAAUCUUAAAGUGGAGGAGGAGGAAGGGAAGAAUUUGUGGAAUCUCCCUUAUAUAAACAUGUCCUUUAGUUGUCUUCCCUAUAGAAUUCAUGAGUGGCUACUUUUUUUUCCUGAAUGCUCUGCAGAAUCAACUGAUUUUUAUAUUUGAAGAAGAAUUUUUAUCCAACCUUUUAUUUUUUGUGAGUAAUGUGUUUAGUAGUUUGUAUUUUUAAUGCUUUUAAUAUUUUUCCUAGAUCUCAUGAAAUACAAAAAACCCCCAUCAAAUUGCAGUUUUUCCAUAUUUAUUUUAUUUUGAAUAUGGUAAGCACUUUUUUUUUUCUUAUUUCACCCAUCUUCCCAUUUAUCUCCCCUCUGGUAACCAUCAGUUUGUUCUCUAUAUUUAAGAGUCUGUUUUUUUGUUUGUCCCUUUUUCCCUUGUUCAUUUGUUUCUUAAAUUCUACAUAUGAGUGAAAUGACAUGAUGUUUGCCUUUCUCUGACUGACUUAUUUCACUUGCAUUGUAUACACUAGACCCGUCCAUGUUAUUGCAAAUGGCAAGAUCUCAUUCUUUUUUAUGGCUGAGUAAUAUUCCCGUGUGUGUGUGUGUGUGUGUGUGUGUGUGUGUGUGUGUAUCUUUAUCCAUUCAUCUGUUCAUGGACACUUGGGCUGCUUCCCUAUCUUGACUAUUCUAUAUAAUGCUGCUAUAAACAUGUAGUGCAUAUAUCUUUUCAAAUUGGUAUUUUCAUAUUCUUUGGGUAAAUACACACUAGUGGAAUUACUGGAUCAUAUUGUAGUAUUAUGUUUAAUUUUUUGAGAAACCUCUAUACUGUUUUCCACAGUGACUGCACCUAGUUUGCAUUCCCACCGACAGUGCAAGGACUUUCCUUUUUCUCCCCAUCUUUGCCAACGCUAGUUGUUUUUUUGUGUUCUUGAGUUUAGCCAUUCUGACAGGUAUGAGGUGAUAUCUCAUUGUGGUUUUGAUUUGCAUUUCCCUGGUGAUGAGUGACGCUGAGCAUCUUUUCAAGUGUCUGUUGGUCAUGUGGAUGUCUUCUUUGGAGAAAUGUCUGUUCAUAUCUUUUGCUGAUUUUUAAUUGCAUUAUUUUUUCAGUGGUGAGUUGUUUAAGUUCUUUAUGUAUUUCAGAUACUAAUCUUUUAUUGGCUAUGUCAUUUACAAAUGUCUUCUCCCAUGUAGUAGAUUUUCUUUUAGUUUUGUUGAUUGUUUCUUUUACUGUGCAGAAACUUAUUUUGAUGAAGUCCCAAUAGUUUCUUUUUGCUUUUAUUUCCUUUGUCUCAUAUCAAGAAAUAUGUUGCUAUGGCAGGAAUGUGGUAAGCAUUCUUAAUUUGCUAUCUCAACUAUAUUUUUCAUCAAAAGAUUUUUCCCUGCUAUACUUUAUUAUAAUUUAUAUCUUUGUUCUCUGUUUUUAGAACACAUUCUAUGUGGGCUGGGACUCUACGAUCUGCUUUCUAAGAUGUGUCUUUUACAGUAUUUCUCAGUUUUACUUUUAUUCUUACCCUCAACUUACUGAUCUAUUAGGAGGAUUGUGUUUCAGAGAAGCCUGGGAUCUGAUACUGUAAUUUCUUAAACUUUAUCAUUUUUUAGAAUUAAUUAAAAAUUUUUUUUUACAUUUAUUUAUUUUUGAGAGACAGAGAGAGACAGGUGGGGGAGGGACAGAGAUAGGAGACACAGAAUCCAAGCAGGCUCCAGGCUCUGAGCUGUCAGCACAGAGCCCGAUGAAGGGCUGGAACUCACCAACUGUGAGAUCAUGACCUGAGCCGAAGUCAGCCGCUUAAUUGACUGAGCCACCCAGGCGCCUCUAUAAUUAAUUUUUUAAAAAGUCUUUAUUUAUUAUUUUUCAAGCAGUUUUAGAUUCAUGCCAAAAUUAAGAGGAAGGUACAGAGAUUCCAUAUACUCCCUGUCCUCAACACAUGCAAAGCCUACCCGAUUAUCAACAUCCUCAACUGGAGUAGUAAUUUGUUACAGUUGGCAAACUUGGACUGACACAUCAUAAUCAUCCAAAAGUCUGUGGUUUAUGUUAAAGUUCACUGUUGGUGUUGUAUAUUCUAUGGGUUUGGACCAAUAUUUUCUGUUUUAAAUAUCAAAAUGUACUAAAAAAUCAAAAAACGUAUUUGGUGCUUAUUAUGAACAGAAAUAAAUCAGGAUUGAUGUACUUCAAGUUUACAUCAGUUACAUUCUCUUUUGAAGUUUUUGAUUUUUUAAUUUUUUAAAAUUUUUAUGAAGUUUUAAUUUUUUUAGGCAGUUAUUUCACCAGGACAAUACCUGCACAUUAGCUUUGAGUUUAAUCAGAAUUGCUCUUCCAUAUAGUGAACCACCUGUGAACAUUUGCAGAAUAUUUGAAGUUCCUCAUCCAUUGGUAGGUGGGAAUCUUAUAAGGAUUCAAAUUAAUUUUAUUGUAUCCUAUCUUUAAAAAUUAAUCAUUCUUUUGCAUUUAAAUUCGCCCUCUUGUGCUUAGUACAUACAAAACACCCUGGAUGCUUUGUUUACCCACUAUCCGAAAUAAAGAGGACAUUAGCAGGUUUAGAUUUUCUAUGUAAAAGGCGCUUAGGAACAACAGUUUGACUAGAAGACAUAACCUUCUAACGUACCCUUAUACAGCAAUCAUGCUGUUUUUAUUUACUUUAUUUUUUUCAUGUAGAUGGGGGACAUUGGGCCAGAUUUGGGAGGAGGCAGAUAAAUGUUGAGGAGACCCAAAAGCACUGCCAAGCCUCUUCUCACUGCAGCUACUGGCUGCAUAUCCAGCAUACAGUAUUUAAAACGAAUCAUUACCAUGUGCUUUAUCAUUGUAUUUUAAAGCUAACAAAAGUCUUUCACGCAUCAUUGCAUCUAUUCGUUGGAAACUAAACACAAACGUGGUGAAGGAGGGGAAAAGAAUGUGGAAUUGCAUUUAUAGGUCCUGAUUGGCUAAGCCCUGGUCAGCAGCUAAAAGAGCAUACUUCCGGCUCUAAAAGUAAAUUCCACAGCGUCCUUAGCAACUAGUCUCGAUCCCCAGCGACCCCGAGCACCACGUUGCAGGUGAACUGCCAAGCACGCAGGCAGCUUGCUGGAGCCAUUGUAGGAGCUGAAACAUAUCUCUCCAAUGUGUAAAGACUUUUUGUUUUGCUGCCCCACAUAAAUCUUUAGAUUCAAGGUUUAUGAUCUGUGACUAUGCCUGUCAACAAAUCACCCAUGAUUAGUAAAUUAGCAGUGAUAUCUUCCUCUUAUCAUGAAAAACUCUUGACGUUGAAUUUUCAAAAUUUAAGGAAAAGAAGGAGUAAUAAAUCAAAGCCAUCAUUUUCAAUCACAAAAGAAUUCAUCUUGAGAUUCAACGAAACAAAAAAUCCAAAAGAGAAGGAAGAAUUGUUGGACCUAGCUAGAAAAAAUAUCCUCAGAUGUAAGAGAAAAUUGGGUCUCAAAACCUUGGGCUCUGGGAAGCAUGUUCAUCUUCCUACUGCAUGGACGGAAGUAAUAUAUCUGGCUCAAUGCAAAGGAGAAAUCCAAGAUGAAGCUUUAAAUAUGCUUUAUGCUUCCCUGGACCAUGCUUCCUUUGAUUAUGAUCAUCUGCCUGCAUUAUUUUUUGUUGCGGAAUCAGUUUUAUAUAGACUCUGUUGUGAUGCAUUCCAAAAGGCAUACUUAUAUUCAAUUGAAAUAAAGCUGGCAAAGAUUGGCUAUUUGGUCUUUUUACGACUUUUUAUAUAUUUCCUGCAUGGUCACCUAGGAACUUUUAAACAACAUUUACUUAGGCUUCAACCAUAUUUAUACGCACUUUCUUUCUCUGGAGGGUCAUAUUACAAGUAUCCAAACAUCUUGUCAAAUAUGCAAUUCAUUCUGAAAACCAUGGAAAUAAUAUGUAAAAGAGAACUCCCUUCUGGAUCAAUUUUUAACCCUGUCGAAAACAAGAAAAGCUAUAAGAACAUAGAUUCGGAUAUGGAACAUUUGCCAGUUAAUCAGGGAGGACACGAAGUUAACCACCUGCUCUGGCACUGUGUGGCUGCCUGGUCAUGUGUUCAGAAGAAUAGUCCUCGGUUGAAUAAGGUGCUUGAACAUCUCAUCUUUCAUAAAAUGCAGCUUCAAAAGAAAUGCUGGUUGGAUUCAACACUGGCUUUGCUGGUCCUUGGGGAGGCUGCCAAAUUAAACAUGGCCUGCUUGAAAGCUUUAAUGGAAUUAAUGAGAGAUUUUCUUUUAAGCGUUAUGUCUGUUCAAAAUCAGGUAACAGAAGAAAGCUGCAAGGUAGAUGAUGUUUCCUGGGCCUGGAAUGUCGUCUACAUAUACACAACAAUUCUUGCAGAAAUUUGCUUGUAUGCAGCCACUUCUAAUUUGCGAAAAACUGCUUUUAUUGGUUUCUGUGUCUGUACAAGAUCACAAAAAGACAUUUUACUCAUGGAUAAAUCAGAAGAACCACCUAAAUUGAAGGAAGCAAGUAUUUUAGGUCUUUUGGACUAUUUCUCUUCAAAAAUGUCAGAUAAUUGUAAUCCAGUGAUAUGGAUUGGAUACUAUGGCUUAGUGUAUAACCUGGUGAAAAUGUCAUGGGAACUUCGGGGAGAUGAUGAGCAGGAUGGAUUUAGAAACAAAAUAUUACAAACAUUACAGAAGACCAAGGAUCAUGAGAAAGACAGGCGAAUCCAUAAUGCAGUAAAUAUAGCUCAGGCUGAGGUAAAUGACCCAACUGAUCCCUUCACUAAUUACAGUGCAAAAGUCUCAUCAAAUGUAGGGGAUGAAAUUUUCUCUAAAUAUAUAGGAUGGAGAAUUGCCACUGCUCUUUCCAAACUACUUUUCCCCUCCAUCGAUGCCUACGUUCUUCCUUUGAAAAAACCAUUGACAAAACAGGAUCAAAUGAAAUACCUGAACAAAAAGGAUUCCGUGAAGAGAAGAGUUGUACAUGUUACUAUAAGGGAACAUCCUUCUUUAUCAGAACUUCCCAUGUUUUCUUAUCCGGAUUUCUUCACCAGAGCUGAUGAAGAAUUGGCAAGAAUAAUUGACCAUCAUUGGCAGGAAGAGCUAAAGAUCCGACGGAAAGAAGAUGCAAUAUGCGAGGCCCAAGAAUGUAAAGACAAAGAGUUAGAGGAAAAAAAUCACUUCAGAGAAAUUAUGAAGAGAAGAGAAGAGAAACUACACAAGCAAACCAAACCCUACGAGCUUCCUCCUAGGACUGAAGUAAUUUCAUUAGAAAUAAAAUGACCCCCCCACCCCCGCCCCAAAUUGAAGUCCAUAAUGCCAGAAAUUCAUUGCAUGAAAGAGACCAAGCUAGCUAGAUAUUAGGAAAAAUUUCUUCUAAUUAAUUGGAAGCCAUUUCUUAGGAGUUGUUAUCCUGGUGCAGACUCUUUAAUAGUUCUAUCUUAGUCCUAAAUUAGCAGCUCUUAAUCACAUUUGAGUGAAGUGAUUUUACUAGUUAAACUUUUCCAAGAACACGGCUAGAGCUUUUCCUAAUUGACUUUUUUCUUGUGAUCAUAUAGCAUAUUUAAUCAAUGAUUCUCAGAGUAUUGAUUUUUCAUCAGACGGUUAGAUGGAAGUGAAUUACAAAUUAUUAGUCACAUUUAAGGAUUAUUUCUCGAAAACAGAAUGAGCACCAACUGAUACUCCUAUAUUACUUAUUAUACAAAUAAAAGAAGUAAGGCACUUGCUUGGAUUUGUAUUUCAUAGUCAAUCAACACCACAUCAAACUAUAUGUCAGAAACUUGAAUUUGAUAUACUAUAGAAGAUAUACAAAUCUGGAGGGGCCAGAUAUCUCAGAAUGAUUUGGUCUUUAGCACAUACCAAAGGAGACCCCUGAUUGACAGUGGUUUUACUUUGCAAGAUGAGUUUAUGAGGAUGGAUGUGGAUGGUCCUGGAAGGCACAGUAACACUUACCAGAGGGAUUCAUCCAGUUAGAAGUCAUUUUUUAAAAGGCACUUCACUUCCUCUGAAGCUCUCAAUCUAUGGGUAAGAGUAUUGGGUUGGGAUUCCUGUGAUGGCUUACAUUCCUUUUCUGAAAAAUAUAGAUAAUAAUCACACCUCAAUUUCACACAGGUGACUUGCUGAUACUCAAGAGACAGUUAGCUUAUUAGGGAUAUUAAACUCAAAUGCCUACCAGCUCCAGAAGGUAACAGAAGUUACAGAGUGAAAGGGGCUAUGGAAUACCUACGCUAUAUAAAGAAAGUUCCUAGCACUCGGCUACACUCUGCAAUGUAUGGUCAGUAAUACAGGAUCAUACAGUCUUUCCAGAAGAAGUUCUCAAAUAGGAUUAUUUUUUAAAAUAAAAGUUGCUAGGGGUACCUGGGUGGCUCAGUCAGUUGAGCAUCUGACUUAGGCUCAGGUCAUGAUCUCACGGUUUGUGGGUUGGAGCCCCGCCUCGGGCUCUGUGUUGACAGCUC